AAACUUUUGUAUUCUUGUUCUUCUCAACACCAAUGUCACGCCUCAUUACAAAGUCUGCUCUUCUCAAGCCCUUGACUGCCUCAGCUCGGGUUUCUCUUGCCAGACCAUUCAGCACCACAUUUGUGCGAUGCAACGCCAGCACUACAGACGGAAACUACCAAAACAUUGUCUCUGAGACCCGAGGCAAGGUUGGUCUUAUUACAUUGAACCGCCCUAAGGCUCUUAACGCGCUAUCCAGCGCUUUAUUCCAUGAGGUUAACGAUGCUCUUUUCAAAUUCGAUGCGGAUGAAAACAUCGGUGCUAUCGUCAUCACCGGAAGCGAGAAGGCCUUUGCCGCCGGAGCUGACAUCAAGGAGAUGAAGGAUAACGUUGCUAUUGAAUGCUAUAAGACCAACUUCCUUGGUCAUUGGACUGACAUUACCAAGGUCAAGAAACCUAUCCUUGCUGCCGUCAAUGGCUUCGCUCUUGGAGGAGGUUGCGAGCUUGCCAUGAUGUGCGAUAUCAUCUAUGCAGGAGACAAGGCAGUGUUCGGACAGCCUGAGAUCAAGCUCGGUAUCAUUCCUGGUGCUGGUGGAACUCAACGUCUUGUUAAGGCAGUUGGCAAGUCCAAGGCUAUGGAGAUUUGCUUGACAGGUUCAGUCAAUCUUAGUGCUGAGGAAGCUCUCAACCUUGGUCUUGUUAGCAAGGUUGUCCCAGCAGACCAGCUGGUUGAUGAGACUAUCAAGACCGCUGAGAAGAUCGCCAAGAUGUCACAGCCCAUGACUCAAAUGGUCAAGGAGUGCAUUAAUCAAUCCUUUGAGUUGUCUUUGACCUCCGGUUUGCUUUUCGAACGUCGCCUCUUCCACAGCGGGUUUGGCACACAUGAUCAAAAGGAAGGAAUGAGUGCUUUCGUAGAAAAGAGAAAGCCUACGUUCGAAAACAAAUAGAUAACUGCGCAUGACACGUUUAUUCAUACUUUUAAAUUCAAGUAUAUUAAAAUACGAGUCAUCAACCAAAACUGUUUACAAAAAUGGAA